AUGGGUAAAUCAACAAUCCAGCACCGCUUGUUCACCUGCGUGAGAUCGAAGCCCGAACAGGCCUUGAAAACAGACGCUACGAGAGUUUCCGCCGAAGGUCUGGAUAUUGAGCCGCCCCCGGCAUAUCCAGGAGACGAAACUUCCCACCAACCUUCAACCCCGCAAAAGUCAACAGACGUAGUAAACAUCAUAGAAAAGUUGGACCUUGCAGAGUCGACAAAUGAGAAACCAGCAUCUACUCCAAGUGAGCACAAAGGAGGCCCGCUGUCCCGUCCCGUUGUCAUUCCACGUGUCAACCCAGGGAGCACGUUUCCCUUUGCGAGGGCGUGGGCUCCAGAACUACAGCACCACGGCGUCCCGCAGUCGGAAUGGCUGAGCUUCCUUGACAGCCUCAACAUCCUAACUGCCCCCCAUCCAGGGGUAACAGCGGCCCAAGUAGUCGGCGUCGGCGUCGCCUUCGCUCCCUUCGAAGGCGCCGACGGCAUCGCGGCUCUCAUCGAAGUAGGCGCCACCGGCCUGACGUACUACAUGGCGAAGGCCAAGUGCGACAAGUUCAUUGACCACAAGAACGAGGAGUACUUCAACCCUCGUGGCCUUCACGCCCGCAUCGUCAGCGGAAAGAGCUUGAGGAGGAACCUCGGAUUGGACAAGAAGGACCCUCUGAUGGCGCCACUCGGCGAAGAUACACUCGAUUUGACACCCCAGGAUCGGUGUUUGGAAUAUCUCAAGGACAGAGUUUGCAAGCUCGACUUCAACAUCCCCGAACCCGAACCAGAGACCAAGACAAUGGCCAGAUUGGCUUCAUGGCGGGUGAAGCAACAGUUGAAGGAUACUGACAAGAAGGCAAAGGCCGCGCGCAAGAGGUCCUGGAAGAGGUUUCAGAAAGGAAAGAAGCUGAAGGAGUGUAGGGAGGAGAAGUCACGGGUAAAGCGGAUUUCUUGGGUCAUCAUCCAGAGUAUUGAGGAUUUUGAAAAGGACAAGGCCCUGAUGGAAGAAGAGGCAAAGACAAAGAAGUCAAAAGAGGGUGGCGGGCGGGCGCUGUUCCCUACUCUCGCGUCGAAAAAACAGACGUCACCAUCGUAA